AAGAGUAAGACAAUUAGAUGUAAUGAGCAGCAGCUGUGUCUCCUGCUGGAUAAACUUUUUAAGCUCCUCUUGUUUGUUGGGUUCUCAUUCAGUGUCUGACAAGAUGGGAGCUGAGUCAGUUUUGGCCCUUUUCAUUCUGGCUGUUUGCUUCAGCAAUGCUUUAAGCUUGCCAGUAGCAAGACAAAGCCAGAAUGCUGAUGAUGAACUGCUGGUGAAAGACAAUGAAAUCCUUUCUUUAAGUGGCAGCCUUGGCCUUUUGCAGUCAAUGGAUUCCAGUUUGAAUAAAAUUGAAGAAGUAAAACUGGAAACCAAUGAGGUAGAAGCUGAGGCAUCACUAAAGAGGACGGAGGACGACGCCGCCAGCAACCAGACUGUGUCCGACGCCGCCAGCAACCAGACUGUGUCCGACGCCGCCAGCAACCAGACUGUGUCCGACGCCGCCAGCAACCAGACUGUGUCCGACGCCGCCAGCAAAUUUCCAAGCGUUCUAUACCUUUGGUAGUUUGUCUCUGUGAAAUUUGAAUAAAAUAAUUCCAAGAGCCUCCAGACUGAA